CUCUUUUCAUCUUAUCUCUCUUUUAUAAAUAUGAACACAGAUACACCCUUCUUUAAUCCUCUUCAUACUGCUGAUUCCUCUUGUAGAACUCAGAUGGAACAAUCCAAGCCAAAGAUUCCUCGUCCAUUGAAUUGCUUCAUGGUCUUUCGACUCGAAAAACAACGAGAAAUAGUCCGUAGAUGUCCUGGCGCAAAUCACCGUGAUAUCUCAAAAAUCAUUUCGAAAUGGUGGAAAGAGCUUUCUGCCGAGGAUAAAAAGCCUUAUAUUGCUGAAGCAGAUCGACGCAAGAUAAAACACAGAGAAAUGCAUCCCAAUUACAAGUUUAGUCCUCUAUGCCAUGUAUCAAAGCAAACCUCUUGGAUUAAGUGAACUUCCAUCUUCUCCUGCUUCUGACUCUUUGGAUGACUCUCAACAAGACAACAAUAAACACAGUCUCUUGUACCUGAUGGACAAAAAGACUGCUUGCAACAAAAAGAACAACAAUAAAGCAGUCGGGUAUGAUGAAACCAUAAACAUUGUGUCAGUCCUGGUGCACUUCAACUCGA